CGCAGCCGGGGCGCUCGGCGGGCGGACCCGGACCCGGACCGGCGAAGGGCGACCCCAGCGGCGCGGAGCUGAGCGCCCUGGGCGGUUCCUCGGGGAGGAGACGGAGGCAGGGGCCUCCGGGGCUCCGGGUGCGGGGACCCCAGGCUCCUCGCCCCCGCCCGGGCCGCCUCGGCCGGAUCCCCGCGGUCUGGACUCUCGGGCGGCGGCGAGGACGGCGUGUCCACUGUCGAGGCAUGAAGGCUGCUGUGCUGGACCUUGGGUCUCUCUUGGCCAAACUCUUCGAGACCUCGACGGCGCCCCCCGCAGGCCCCUCCUCCAGACCCUCGGGAGGUGCUGCCGCUGCAAGGUCGGGGGGCUCCAGGGCGGGCACCCCGCUGGGCACCGCCCCGACCCCGACGCUCCUCCGCGCCCUUGCUCCGGACUCCCCCUCGGCUUCGCGGCGGGCGCCCGCCCCGCUGCUCCCCGCCUCCUACUCCCGGGGCUCCACCGCCAGCCGCGCCGCGGGAGCAGUGGGGACCCUGCUCUCGUGGCCCAGUAGCCCCAGAGCGGCUAAAGCCCUGCCCCAGCCCCCCACUCCCUCCGGCGGGGGCUGCUCCCCUGCACGCCUGGUGGUCCCAGCACGGCCGACCCCGGGCCCCGGCGGGGCCUGGGCCGCGCUCCCGCGGAACCCGCGCCAGUUUGGCUCCGGAGAGCGAGAGCCCGGCGCCUACGUGGCCCCCGGGGCUGGCCCCAGAACCCUGUUCCUUACCCUGCCUGACAUCGGCGAGGAGGGGGCCUCGGACGGCGACUCCGGGGAUGGCGAAGCAAGAGGACUGUCAGAAGGGCCUAGAAGGCACAGUUAUACUGUGAGAAGCAAAGAUCCUUUACCUACACAUUUUACAAGAAAUGUGCAGAAAGCCAUUGAUAAAUAUGCCUGCGAAUCGUCCUUUUCCUCCAGCGGAAGCCGCACACCCACGGGAGCCCACACCUCUUGGUCUGGGUCGGCCACGCAGAGCUCCACCACCGGCUCGUCCACGGAGAGGGGCUCCAUUUAUUCCUGGAGAGAUGACGAGUUUGACGAAGCCAGUGCACAGACAGUGCAGCGGUUACUCUGGGAGGUGGAGGAAAUGUUAUUUGAGGAGAAAGUGAACCCUCAGACCCAGAGUCUGCUGGCCGAAUGCGAGGAGUGGACAAGAAGAUCCCUCCAUCUGAGAGUGUUAGGAGGACAGCUGACCCUGCCCACUGAUGAAGGCGUCCAGCAUCUCCAGGGCAGCACCGCUGCCUCCACGGCCCACAGACCCCCGCUCAGUGCCUGCGGACGCAGCAGCAACAUCAGAGAGUUGUGCAUUUCUGGCUCUCAGAUAGUCCCAGCAGCGCUCUCAGCCUCUGCCCUGCCAGGCCCUGAUGGGACGGGGGUUGCUGACCUAACGGCAUGUUCAUCCCUGGAAGAAGAGGUUUACCAUGUGGAUGGAAAGAUUGAAGAGUAUUUCGCUUUUGACAGAAAAGAGGAUGAUGAUGAAUGUCUUGAACAAAAACCAGCUCAGCCUGGUAGGAAAAGGCGCAAACUCGGACUUCCUCCUGUUUCCCCUCAUGAGUGUGUCAAAGAUGCCGUGAUGGCGGAAGUGUUUGAUCACGUCUGGACAAAUAUGGUAGAACUUUUGGAAGAGCUGAUUAGAAAGCACUGGGAAACUACACUCACAGAAGGGAAAAAACAGAGAGAAAAAUUGAAAGUAGCUGGAAACAGAUGUCCACAUGUCCUCAUUCCACACACUCACGCUGAUGGAGCCAGUGGCUCCCCGUCCGGAAGCUCCGAGGCUCACAGCAUCUCCCUGGCUUCUCGUCUGAACCCGCCCCAGAUUCAUCGCUUCUCCAACAGUUUUUAUAGUGACAUGAAUGGCGUCAUGACAAUUCACGCAAAACCGCUUCAGCGGAGACCUACCUAUUUCGCCGACAGAACGCAGAAUGAGAAGGAGGACAAAGCCUCGGGUGGAGGGGCAGGUGCUCCCUCCUGCGCACGGCACAGACUGGGACGGGCCUCAGACACUCAUGGAUUACCGCCUUCUGCAAAGCAGACACCCGUGCCCUGGAGGCUGCCUUCUCUUGUGUCAGAUUCUCAGAGACUCAAAACCCCCAACAUCUAUAGUGACGAAGUUCUUCGGGGAACAAAACUGCCGACUGGCGUGGACCACAUGGUUUCGCCACUGGUUCAGACAUCACGGAGCAGGUUCCCCCCGAUAGGCGUGGAGACCAGGGAGCAGAAUACGGCAGUUCCUGGAUGCCGCCUUGUGUCUUACAGAGGAAGGCAUCUGCAAAACCGUGUGUCGAGUGCCAUGCCUGACGGUAUAGAACGAUCACGUCUUCGAGAAAGAACCGCUACCCUGGAACAGCUGUCGAGGCCCAGCACAACCCACACGUUCCGGCAGUUGGAUACGCCUCGAAAAAGUUCACUGACACAAAUGGAAUUUGCUGCUCACACAUGGACAGGGCAAAGUAUUUUGACAGAGGACAACCUUGACUUUAAAGAAGAGAUUCCAAGUGACAUCUUGAAACCACCUCACCAGAACCAUUGGCGCACUCAUGGUCUCAGCACACCACUUAUCGCUUGAAAACUGGAGGAACAAGUAUUCUAUUUAUCUGUGUGUCUGACAGUGUGAGAUGCUAGACUGAGAAAAAUGCAAACAAAUAAAUCACUUAAUUUUGAACACUUUGCAUUUUAAAGAGAGUAAAAGUCAAAUCCACCAAGCUGCCUUGCUGAAAGCAUCUCCAAGGUUCUGUAGGCUUUGCUCAGAAGACCCUGAUGUGUGUUUACAAUCCGUCAUUUUAUCAGUGAUACACAAACAUAAUUAGCAUGUGUUUGUACUCACACACUUAUUACAUAUAAGAAUAUAUUAUCUAGGGACAUGCCAUUUAUAACUUUGUACUCUGAUGUAUUUUCUAGUCUCAUUCUGUUAGUAAUUCCGUCAAAAUCGUAGAUACUAGUAGAUAUUAGUAUUUGAGACAAUAUGUCAGUCUGAAUAAGACUCAGAUUGUUCUAGUCAUGCUGACUUUCUCAUACAUUUUUAAAAAGUGCUUCAGCCAUGAACCUUUUUGAGAAAUGUCAGUGGUGAAAUCUCCCAAGCUAAUUUUCUUUUUCUGGUUUCCAUCUUCAAAUUCAGACAGUUCACGUGAAGUACCCCACAUUUAUUGAUCUUAGGGUUGAAUGUAAAUAUAAACGUAAUUAAAAGCUAUGGCAGAUGAUGUCAUCUUUAUUGUUUACAGUCGAAGCUCCUCCGUGGGAGGGGAGCCUCGCACCCUCCACGUGUCAUCGGGAGCUGGCCUUUGCUCAGACGCCACCUCUGCAGUGACGCCUUCCCAGAGCCCUCGUCUCUUCUUGCUCUGUCCUCCUGCUCUGUUGGCUUUUCUUCAGAGCAUGUAUCCCCAUCUAACGUUACCGUAGAAAACGGAGCAGAGAAUGGGAAGAGGAAUUAGCAGAGCUGAGGCUCCAGGCAUGUCUUUCUCUUGUCCCUCUCCCCACUGUUUCUCUUGAUCGUGAUUCAGGUCCUUACACUCAUUUCUAUAUUCUCAGAUCUCAACUCAGCUAAUUUCUUCUUUUCUGUCAGAUAAUUGCAUUUUGUCAGUCUAAUUAUUACUAAUCCAAACUGUAACUUUAUAAGGUUAUAUAUAUGAGCAUAUUUAUAAACUUAGAUUUAUAAUAUACACACAUAUGUAUCAUAUAAAUGCAUAAUAAAUUAUUUUCAGACGAUUUCUGGCUGUAAGGUGAAGGGAUCAUUGCCUACUUGUAGAUGUCUGGAAUUUUAAAAGAUGUGUUCAGACUAACGCUAAUGUUGUCCUUUAUCACAGAGUGACAAAACAAAAAUGACCCCAGAGCCCUGCCGCUGUUUGAAUAUUUCUCCUUGACCUUGCUGACUCCAUUUCUUUUUUGCUUUCUUUUUUUUCGAAACGGAGUCUCAUUCUGUCACCCAGGCUGGAGUGCAGUGGUACGAUCUCAGCUCACUACAACCUCCGCCUCCUGGGCUCAAGCGAUUCUCCUGCCUCAGCCUCCUGGGUAGCUAGGAUUACAGGUGCAUGCCACUACACCCAGCUAAUUUUUUUGUAUUUUUAGUAGAGAUGGGGUUUCACCAUGUUAGCCAGGCUGAUGUCGAACUCCUGACUUCAGGUCAUCUGCCUGCCUCAGCCUCCCAGAGUGCUGGGGUUACAGGCGUGAGCCACUGCGCUCGGCCAGCUGACUGCAUUUCUAUAGCAAUGAGACACCUGAGGCAGCAGCAGCAACAGUGACCACCGGGUCCAGGCCUCUUUUCCAUGGUCGCAGCUCCAUGCAUCCGGGGAAGAUUGCUAAUGCUUAGUUUUCUGCACAAAGCAAACCAAAGCAUUUUUGAGAAUUUUCUACAUUAUUCCUAAACAUUAGCAAUAGAAACUUUUAAGAGCAAAUGCCAGUCUUAAUUCAGCAGCUGUCACACUUGAGGAAUAGUUAGAUAUGUGAGUAGCCUGGAGCCCAUGUUACAGGGCUGCUGGUUAGGUGCACUCUGGUACGUCACUACUGCUCAAAGCGUGACCCACUUGUUCUUUCAGAACCACUCGGGGUAUUUCAUGUCCAUUUCCAGGAACCAUCCAACUCCUUCCCUACUCAGUCCAAACUUCCUUUUUUUUUUUUUUUUUUAACUUUAAGUCCAGGGGAACAUGUGCAGGUUGUUACACAGGCAAACUUGUGUCAUGGGAGUUAGUUGUACAGAUUACUUUAUCACCCAGGUAUUAAGCCUAGUGUCCAUUAGUUGCUUUUCCUGAUUCUCUCCCUCCUUUCACCCUCCACCCUUUGGUGGAGGCCCCAGUGUGUGCUGUUCCGCUCUGUGUCCAUGUGUUCUCAUCAUUUAGCUCCCACUUAGAAGUGAGAACGGAUGGCAUUUGUUUUUCUGUUUCUGCAUUAGUUUGCUAAGGAUGAUGACUUCCAGCUCCAGCCAUGCCUCUGCAAAGGACAUAAUCUCAUUCUUUUCUAUGAGCUCAAGCUUCGUAAUAGGGAAAACACUGGAUAUUCAGUCUAAACUAACAUUAAGGUAGGGUAUCCAGGAUAAAAUGUUUUUUCUUUGAAAACCACUGAAUAUACUUUAUGGUAACUUUAUCUUGUUUGGCUUCAGAGGUUUGCAAAUAAGAAUCUAUUAUUUAUAUAUAGGUAAAAAACAAAAUGUUUUAAAAAAUAGAACCAGUUCCAGUGAUCUUGAGUCUUCUAAACAUUUAAAUUGGAAGAUAAAGUACCAUUUUAGAGAUUACAUAGAUACUUGGCCCUGUCAUUGAUUUUAAAAAUGACCUUCUCGUUGCACUGAUUUUUACCCCUAUGUUAAAGUUAGUAUUUUAUUUAUACAUUACAUUAGAUUUAGAGAUUAGUAAAUAAUGCUUAUAUCAAGGAUGGUGCUUUUUAAGCUAAUUAGGUAAAAAUGAGGGCAGUGUUUUUAUAAUCUACUUUAAUAAAUGAGUCUUACCUUAGAAUUAAUCUGUUAAAAAUUAGAAAAAUUGAACUACAUCUGAGAUAGAUUUUUAAAUUCAGAUUAGUGACUACAUUAAUUAAAAUGUCUGUUUAUCCAAAACCAAAGGAAGAAUGAAGAAAUUUUAAUCUAAGAAAAUGUAAAAUACCAUAGAAAACUGCUAGAUUUUGUGAAUUUAAUAUGAAAGGAAGUAUCCAUAUUGAUAUUAUUCUGAACUAGAUGAAAUUUCUACGCCAAUUCAGAAGUACAUUUUUAUAUUAUAUAUCAUUUGGGUAUUAUAUUUUUAUUGUUUUCUUAUAACUACAGAUCAUUGUGUAGGAUUUUUGAUUCCUUAAUUUCUAAUAAAAUAUAAAAGUGU